UUAUUCGCCUGGACCUCUCGAUGCAUAACGUUUGAAUCCUCAAAUAAUACUGAUUAUCUUUCGAUGUUUUCGUGGUCUUCUCUGGGAGACGACCCCCACUACGCUCGGAUCAUGUCACCGUUCACGCCCAUAAUCACGUAUGCCACCUUCUUUGUGUGGAUAAAAUAACGGACCGAAGGUGAAUCGACGUUUCUAGAACUCACUGCUUGAUAAGAAUUAUGCGCUUGUCGCUACAUCGUAUAUGUUUCGUCAGUUAUAUAAAACGAUCUGCCUGCGAUACUUUAAUACCACGAGCGGCAGUUAGGAAUACGGCCUAUGAUUCAAUUAUAUAAUUUAGUAAUAUGGAUCUUUUAGCUGUCAUUGGCUUUAUAACUAUAAUUUAUUGUCUUGUUUACAUUAUUUGCCCUUGGUUCCUUGAUUGUGACUUACAUCUUGCUAUCUAUGAAAAAUUUGGCAAACCUACAAAUACUUUAAGAGAUAAAGUAGUAUGGAUAACAGGAGCAUCAAGUGGAAUUGGAGAACAUCUUGCAUAUGUUUUGGCAGAGGCUGGAUGCAAAUUAAUUUUGUUGGCACGAAGGGAAGCUGAAUUGGAAAAAGUAAAAAUUAAUUGCUUGCAAAGAAAUAAAAAUUUAAAAAGUUCAGACAUUGAAGUACUAGCUCUAAAUAUUUGUGAUAUAAAUGGUCAUGAGUCAGCACUUAAUAAUAUCAUUGCUAAAUUUGGCAAGUUGGAUAUACUUGUAAAUAAUGCAGGACGAUCACAACGAGCAUUAUGGGAGAAUAUUGACAUAUCCGUUGACAAAGAAAUGUUUGACUUGAAUGUAUUUUCACCAAUAGCUUUAUCUAGAUUAGUAGCAAAAUAUUUUCUCAAAGUAGGUGCAGGUCAUUUUGUAUUCACUUCAAGCAUUGCUGGUGUUACGGCAACACCAUUUUCUGCUACAUAUUGUGCAAAUAAAUUUGCAUUACAUGGUUAUUGUAAAACUUUUGCUUUAGAAAAAUUUGAUAAAAAUAUACCAAUUACAGUUGUAUGUCCAGGGCCAGUAUAUACUAAUUUUUUGACAGAAGCAUUCACUGAUAAAAGUGGUGAAAAAUAUGGAGAAAAUGUGAAAGAAGAUCCGAAAAAUAAAGUGAGUGUAGAACGUUGUGCUACACUGAUGGGAAUUGCGAUAGCAAACAAGCUUUCUGAAGUGUGGAUUUGCAAACCAGCUAUACUACAGCUGGCGUACCUUGGAACUUAUUAUCCAAAUAUUGGAUUAUGGAUAAUAAAGUAUCUGGGAGCAAAAUUUAUGCAUCGUUUGCGAGAUAAUAAAACAACUAUUAAAACAAGUACAAAAGAAACACAAUAAAUAUAUAUUUUUUCUUAUACUUCAAUAUAUAUUAUAUAUUGUGUUGUUUUUAUUCAACUCAUUUCUGAUUCACUAAUUUAUAAUUGUAGCUUUGUGCAAUUUUUAACUUUGUUAUAUUUACUAUAUAAAUUCAAUAAAAACAAUAUAUUCAUAA